CCAAAGACAAGAUUUAAUUUCCCAGUGUGGAACUGAGUUGUUGAGCUGUGGUUUCUGUAAUCUUGAGAAGGCAUACUAAUAUUUUGUGCUGCGAAGUCGCAUUAUUUAAAAUCCCCAGGAGGGUCGCGAGUUAUUCCUUUCGCAAUUCUUAGGAAUGCUGCGGUUGACGUGAAGCUCUUGCCGAACUUGUCAAGCAAAUCGCACUCAUGGACGACCUGGCGUGCCCGCGCUGCCGGACGACCAAGUACCGGAACCCAUCGCUGAAGCUGAUGGUGAACGUGUGCGGGCACGCGCUGUGCGAGAACUGCGUGGAGCUGCUCUUUGUCAAGGGGUCUGGCUCCUGCCCCCAGUGCAACGUGCCCCUGAGGAGGGGAAACUUCCGGGUGCAGAUCUUCGAGGACGCCGGGGUCGAGAAGGAGGUGGACAUACGCCGCAAGAUCCUCAAGGACUACAACAAGCGGGAGGAGGACUUUGAGACGCUGCGAGCGUACAAUGACUACCUGGAGGAGGUGGAGACGAUCAUCUUCAACCUGGCCAACGAGGUGGACGUGGAAGCGACGCGCCGCAAGGUGGAGCAGUACAAGAGGGACAACAAGGCACAGAUACAGAAGGGCAAACUCAAGCCCUCCAGGGAGGAGGAGUUCCUGGAGGAGGUGCUGGAACUGGAGCAGCAGGAGGCGGAGCUGCGGCGAGAGCAGCUGGCGGAGCUGGAGCGGGAGGCCCGGCGGGAGAAGAUCAAGCAGAAGGAGUCGCUCAUCGACGACCUGAUGUUCUCGGACCUGCCGGCCAACCGGAUCCUGGCGAGCCACGGCAGCAAGCUGAAGGCGUCCGCCAAGCCCCUGCCACCCAAGCCCCCGGCCGCCGUCUUCUCCACGGGCAUCAAGUUCAGGCAGAAGGAGGCCUUCCUGCCCGUGCCCAAGGUCUCCGAGGGCCCCCUGUACAGCUACGUUGCCCUCGAGCAAGACUUGUGCGGGCCACCCGUGCCAGCCUUGGACGCCCUCACACCAUCCGGCUACACGGCCCACGUCCGAGCCGCAACCGAGCCGGAGCUGGCCGGUGGCUUCCAAGCUGGGCUGGCCUGUCACAGAGCUCUGCAGGACGCUUUCUCCGGACUGUUCUUCAAGGCGUCCGAGGAAGUGUCCUGACAGACUGGCGAGACGGCAGCUUCUGAAGUCGGAGUGAACUUUGAAGGUUCUUCGGGACAGACACUUGACAUCGUCUAAGAACUGGAGUGCUAGAGGACUGAACUGGAAGACUGCACAGUGCUUGCAAGUGUGUGGAUUACACUCAAACGCUAGAAGACCGUGGACUGGACUCCACAACACUAGAACCAUGGGCUACUCUAGAGUACUAGAAGACCAUGAGCUACAGUGCUUCCAAAGUCUAAGAGGGACUUUGGAAGUUCUUAGCGGGGUGCCAGCCAGGGUUUUAACAUUGUCUAAAUACAUAGUGCAGUGCCAGAGGACUGAACUAGAAGACUGUGCAGUGCUCGAAGAGUAUGGGCUAGACUGUUGAGUACUAGGACUACAGUAAAACCUCUUUAUAACAAAAUGGGAUAUAACAAACUAAUGGAUAUAACAAAGCAAUCAUAAUUCCCCUUGCUUGCUAAUAGUGGGAAGAAAUGGACAGUGGCUAUAACAAACUAAUGGUUAUAACGGAAUAAUUACGACCGCUCCUUCACUUUUGUUAUAACGAGGUUUUACUGUAUUUCAAAGCACUAGAAGACUGCAAGCUACAGUGCUUGUGGAGACUAACUGCCGAACUCGCAAACCUCACUCCAAUUGAGGUGCCCUUCCACCUCCUCGAGGAAGGCGUGGGGGUCGUCUAUCUGUCGUCGCUCUUGGCCAGCGCCGGCUCUCGUGCCUUUUUUGAGGAAGUGGAGAGGUGCCUCAUUGGAGCGAGGUUUCUGAAUUCAGUGGUGAGCAGGACUUCGGAGGUUCUUAGUAGGGUGCUGGACAGGCCCUCAACAUUGUCUAUAUACUGGUGUACUAGAAGUCUACACUGUCUGGAGUAGACCCUAGAACACCAGAAGACCAUGGAGCACUAAGGCUAUUGACUAUUCUUGAGCACUAGAACUAUGGUCUACUCUGAAGCACUAGAAGACAAUGAGCCACAGUGUAAGAAGAUUAUGAACAAGACUCAGACUAUAGGCUACUGUAGAACACUAAGAGGCUUGACUACAGUGCUAGGUCUUAAAGAGUAUGAACAAGACAAACACUAGAAGGUUAUGGACUAGGCUCUGGAGCACCAGGGCUAUGGACUCUGCUCUGGAGCACAAGGACUAUGGAUUAUUUUAGAGCACUAGAAGGUCAUGAGCUAGUGUUAAAAGACCAUUACCGUAUUUACUCGAGUAAUAGCCACAAUGUUUAUGAAGAAAACCUGAAGGUUCGCUUUUCCACAGAGCACGCCAGAUGGCCAAUCGCCCCGUUCGACAGCAUGAUUCCAUCUGUUUACAGGACAGAGAUACCAUCUUCGUACAAAGAUACCAUCUGUGAAGAUUGGAUUAGUAUAGAGAAUAGUGUUCUCGAUCUGGUUAUUCGCUAUCUUAUUUAUGCGCACCGCAAUGAUUGGCUGUAUAUGUGUUUUGUGGUAAAACAGACACAAGGGCCUUGUGCGUAAAUAGUGCAUCUAUUACUCGAGUAAAUACGGUAACUAGACUCGGAAAGGAGAAAGCAGAGAGGUUAACCAAGGUGGCCCGCUUGUUUGCUACAGUCUCAAACGCUAGGACUAUGGGCUACCGUAGAACACUAGGAGACCGAACUGUAGCGCUAGGAAAGUGUGGACUAAAAAGGUAGAAAAGUAUAAACUAGGCCCUAGACCACUGGAGAAUUAUAGACUACAGUGCUAGAAGAGUAUAGACCCACCACAAAACCUUCUCUACUCACUUUCCUUAACUCGUACAUUCAGAUCUGAAAACAGUCUCUCGGUGUAUCGGCAUUUCUCUUGGUAUAACGUGUCAACAACACCAAGGCAUUGCUCAAUUAUGACACAGACGGUUAAAAGCCACACUGGUGAUCGACAGCCACCUUUUGCAUUCAUGAAAGUGCUAUGUUUUAGUAGUUCAGAUUCUUUUAGGAUUCCACUAUAUUUAGACAAAGUCGGAAACUUGUUUUGUGAAGUCCUGAAAGUGUCCGUGCACGAUCGCAAUAAUGCUGAAAGAACAGUGUGUUGCGUUGUCAUUAUUUUAUUGCAAAAAAAAAUGUUAAAAGCAGGAGAUUGCUGAACGGCUAAGCUCUUUUUUGACACGAGUGGUGCCACAUUUUUUUUAAAAAUAUAUUUAUAGUUGUUGGUACAACUUAUUUGGGGAUGUAAUUUGUGUUUCAGUUCUGGUAAAGUCGUAGAGCAAAUCGCUGUGUAGGAUGUCGAAACAACGAAGUGCCAUCUUUAGGCACACCUUACACGGACACUGAAUUCCCUCCCAGCUUUCUUGAGAACAUACCUUUCAUUGAGAACUUGGCUUGCAACUUGCUAUCCAAAAUUUUUUAUCCAACCUCCUUUGUGACUAGGAUGCCCUCUUUCUUUGGGGAAGUUAUAGGCAGUCAUAGCGGUCCAAAUGUUUGCAUUAAAAACCUGCAGUUUGCAGGCAGAGGUUAUGUGAAUUAGAACAUGAGCUCGCAGCCUUUGCGAGCGGGCAGACAUUUCAACAUUUGAGUGCAGCAGCGUGUGGAAUGGAUGAAUCGCAAGGCGGGAUUCUUGAAAAGUUUAUGCUCUUUUCUUUCAUAUUGUUUGAAAACCUGAAAUGCUGUUUCUGCCACUUUGUUGUUUUUGCCAGCUCAAUGCCAAAGAAAGUGUUGCAGAAGUUUCAUAACGAGGUACUAAUUCAUGGUCCGUUGGGUGUCGAACAGACUUCCCUAUACCAGUUACUUGAGAAGAAAAAUGUAUUUCUUAGUUACUUCAGAAAUAUGACCUGAAAGGAAACAAAUGCUGACAUCACUAAUAAAGAAAAUACAGCAACUGUUAA